AUGCUGUUUGGGAAACAAGAUUACACCAAAGAACCUAAAUAUGUUGAAAAACCCUUAAAGUUGGUACUAAAAGUGGCCGGAAAUGAAGUCACUGAACUCUCUACUGGAAGCUCAGGACACGAUUCAAGCCUUUAUGAAGACAAAACUGAACAUGAAAAACACAAAGACCGGAAAAGAAAAAAGAGGAAAAAAGGAGAAAAGCAGAUGCCUGGAGAAGAAAAAGAAAAAAGAAAGAGAAAAGUAAAGGAGGAUAAAAAGAAGCGAGAUCGGGAACAUGCUGAAAGUGAGGGAGAAAGAGAACUGAAAUGUCAGACUCCUGUAAGAUUGGAAUUACCACCAGAGAAACCACUUGCGAGUAGUUUAGCAAAACAAGAAGAAGUGGAACAGACACCACUUCAAGAAGCUUUGAAUCAACUGGUAAGACAGCUGCAGAGAAAGGAUCCAAAUGCUUUCUUUUCAUUUCCUGUGACUGACUUUAUUGCUCCUGGCUACUCCAUGAUCAUUAAGCACCCAAUGGAUUUUAGUACUAUGAAAGAGAAGAUCAAGAACAAUGGUUACCAGUCCAUAGAAGAAUUAAAGGACAACUUCAAAUUGAUGUGCACUAAUGCCAUGAUCUACAACAAACCAGAGACUAUUUAUUACAAAGCUGCAAAGAAACUACUGCACUCAGGAAUGAAAAUACUGAGCCAGGAGCGAAUACAGAGCCUAAAACAGAGUAUAGAUUUCAUGGCUGACCUGCAGCAGAGCAGGAAGCAAAAAGAUAAGUUGGAAUUGCAGCAAAGUGGGGAAGACGAUAAUGUUCCUGGAAAAGACAAAGAAGAAUCGAUGGAAGCGGACAUCAAAGCAUUCAAAAGCCCCAACAAGGAACAUAAAAAGAAAGACAAAGAUCUGCUUGAAGAAAAAUUAAGGAAUAACAACUUAGAAAGAGAACAGGAACAGAUUGAUCGUGUCAUUAGAGAAUCUGGAGGAAAGUUAACAAGACGACUUGUGAACACUCAGUGUGAGUUUGAAAGAAGAAAACCAGAUGGUACAACAACAUUGGGACUUCUUCAUCCAUUUGAUGCUAACGCAGGAGAACCAGGCUACAGCCCUGUGAAGUUAGGUAUGACAGCUGGAAGACUUCAGUCAGGAGUUAAUACAUUACAGGGGUUCAAAGAAGACAAAAGGAACAAAGUAACUCCAGUGGCAUACUUGAAUUAUGGGCCCUACAGUUCUUAUGCUCCAUCUUAUGACUCCACAUUUGCAAAUAUCAGCAAGGAUGAUUCUGACUUAAUCUAUUCUACAUAUGGAGAAGAUUCUAAUCCAGAGUUUUUCAGUAUUCAUGAUUAUUUGGCAAAGUCUCAAGAUUACCCAUAUGUUAUGGCUGAUAGUUUGCUGGAUGUUUUAACUAAAGGGGGACAUUCUAGAUCUCUGAGAGAAACAGAGACGUCGAUGGAUGCAGAAAGUCAACAUGGGAGGAGUGAUGCAAUAAAAGAUGUAGAGAUUAUAGAAACAGAUGCUGCCAACAGGUUGGACUCUAAUCAUGAUAGGCUUACAGCACUGAAAGCAGUAACAAAUUUUGGAAUUCACGUAGAGGAAUUUGACUCUGAAGAGGCUGAAAUCUUCCAGAAGAAACUUGAUGAAACAACAAAGUUACUCAGAGAGCUCCAAGAUGCUCAAAAUGAACGCCUGAGUACAAAACCGCCUCCCAAUAUGAUUUGUCUUUUGGGCCCAUCUUACAAAGAAAUGCAUCUGGCGGAGAGAGUGACCAAUAAUUUAAAAGAACUCGCACAACAAGUGACCCCCGGUGACAUUGUGAGCACAUAUGGAAUCCGAAAAGCAAUGGGAAUUUCAGUUCCUGUACCUGACAAUGAGGCCAGUUUUGUAGAUUUAGUGGAUGAUUGCCAAGAAUCUAAAAAGACUGUCACUCUCAGUGGAAAUGAAUGUGGUCCAAUUGGAAUUUGAAACUUCAUUUGUUUUAAGUUAUAUAUUUUAUUGAUCUUAUUAAAGAACUAGAUUUAAAUU